CAUGGACACGUUCUGACACCUUUUCGACUUUACGUCUUUGGGCUCAAUUCCCGCUAUUGGCGCCGGCCAAUAUUUCAGUUGCUUUUGGCUCGAGGACGCGAUCGGUUCGACCAACAAGUGCUUCCUCUAAACCAUAUUAAGCGUCUUGGCUAAAACAUGACUGAUAAUAAGGCCUAUACGCCGGACUCGGAACCGGCAGAAACAGCACCACCGAAAAAGCCGCCAUCCUAUGCCACCGCAGUCAUGAGUGACUUCAACUCCAAAGCCAACUUGACGGAGGAGGACGGACCCUACGAUCCAUUUGAGAAUCGUGAUCCUAAUGGAGCCAGCGCUGGCGGUGCUUUGGCCCAUUUACUGAAAAGUUCCCUGGGCACUGGAAUUCUGGCCAUGCCCAUGGCCUUUCACAAUGCCGGUCUGGUCUUUGGUGGCGUAAUGACCCUCAUCGUGGGCUUUCUCUGCACACACUGUGUUCACAUUUUGGUAAAAACAUCGCAUAACAUUUGCCGCGAUGCCAAAGUGCCAGCUCUGGGUUAUGCGGAAACAGCCGAAAAGGUUUUUGAGUAUGGCCCGAAAUCGAUGCGACGCUAUUCCAACUUUGCCAAGCAAUUUGUGGAUAUCGGUUUGAUGGCAACGUAUUAUGCGGCCGCCUGUGUUUACAUGGUCUUCAUAGCCACCUCUUUCCACGAUGUCAUCAACUAUGACCUGGGUCUAAAGUGGGAUGUGAGGAUCUAUAUUGCAAUGACAGUAAUACCCUGCCUGUUUAUUGGCCAAAUCAGGAACCUCAAGUGGCUGGUGCCCUUCUCGAUGAUGGCCAAUAUCUUCAUUGUGGUCACCUUUGCCAUUACACUGUACUUCAUGUUCGAUGAGCCAUUGGAUUUCUCCGACAAGCCGCUGAUUGCCCCAGCUGCCCACAUUCCCUUAUUCUUUGCUACUGUCAUCUUUGCCAUGGAAGGCAUCGGUGUAGUCAUGCCUGUAGAGAACUCAAUGAAGAAACCUUCCCAAUUCCUUGGAUGUCCCGGAGUGCUGAACACGGCUAUGAUUACUGUGGUCCUCUUAUACGGUGUCAUUGGAUUCCUUGGCUAUGUGAGAUUCGGCGAUUCGGUGCGAGGCAGCAUUACGCUAAAUCUUCCCGAUGGUGAUUGGCUCGGAGAUACUGCCAAGCUGCUGAUGGCAGUAGCUAUACUCUUCACCUACGGCCUGCAGUUCUAUGUGCCCAAUGAGGUGUUGUGGCGCAAGAUUCAGCACAAGUUCAGCCCGGAGAAGCACAACAUGGUGCAGAUUCUGUUACGUACUGGUAUUAUCCUGGUCAGUGGUGGCAUUGCCGCGGGCAUUCCCAAUCUGGAGCCAUUCAUCAGUUUGGUGGGCGCCAUUUUCUUCUCGUUGCUGGGCAUCUUUGUGCCCAGUGUUGUGGAGACCGUUUACAUGUGGCCCGAUCGUCUAGGCUUCUGCAAAUGGAAGCUAAUCAAGAAUGUUCUGCUUGGUAUAUUCGCCAUCUUGGCUUUGAUUGCCGGCUCUGCGGCCAGUAUUGAUGAGAUGAUUAAUCCCAAGGAAGAGGAUUAGUGGAAGAAGAUCGAUAUCGACAUAGAGAUCGAGAUCGCCACAACAAUUCUGCCACGACACUUAAGUAGUAUUAACUGUUAACUUAGAUGCAGGUGCUCCAUCUGGAGGGCGGGAAUAGAAUUCUACAUAAUAGCAACAAGCUUCCCAGAAUGCCAUGUUGAACAUGGCCAAGUAGCUGCCGCUGGACUGCAUUAACAAGAUGAUAUUAAUUCUUAAGCUUUAGCACCGAUAAUAACACACGCACAUAUAUGUUUGUCUUAUGUGUGCCUAGUAAGUACCUGUAUCUGUACCAUAUACUUAACAAUGCAUAUCUAAGUAUUUAUGUAUUUACGAGUAUAUACACGAAUGUGUAUUUGUAUGUGCUAUUUUAAUUAAAACGCAAUCCAUAGAAUUUAUAAUCCUAUA